AUGCUUCUCGGACGUCCUAAAUCCUUAAAACAGCUUGCGGCGGGAUCAUCGUUUAUCAUUAGCACCAGAAGAUGGCUAUCCUAUAACCCUUCCAACUUUAGCUUUGGUAGUGCUGGAUAUAGCUCUACGGUCGACACCAAUAGCCCGACCCAGGGGCCUCUAGCUGAUGCCGCGAGUGUGAAGCUCACACCAAGAGCUCUGAAGCAGCACCUAGAUCGGUUCGUUGAAGAGCAAGAUGAUCUAUUGAGGUCAAGCCAAGUAAUAGGUGCCCAUCCGGCAGAAGACGAGUACCCAGGGCAGCAGAGAACGGUGCAUAUUCCGCCGAAAGGAGACUGCUUGCCGAUUCAUGAUUACACCCCUCUUACCAUUGAGAAGAGUAAUGUACUCUGUCUCGGCCCGACCGGAGUGGGCAAAACCUUGAUGCUACGUACCCUUGCAAGAGUACUAGAGGUUCCGUUCUCAAUGUCCGAUUGCACACCAUUUACACAAGCUGGUUAUGUUGGUGAGGAUGCAGAUAUCUGUAUCCAUCGGUUAUUAGUGGCAGCUAAUUGGGACGUGCGACGGGCUGAAACCGGAAUCGUCUGUCUGGACGAGUUUGACAAAAUAGCUAAGCCAAAAAGCUCCCACGGAGCUAAAGAUAUUUCUGGCGAGGGUGUUCAGCAAGCUCUCCUCAAAAUCAUAGAAGGCACUACCCUUCAAAUCAAUACCAAACCCGAGCGUCGCCCCCCACAGGGCCUACCACAAAACCCCAUUAAUGGGGGCUCUCCCUUCAACUCAGCAAGCACAGGGAUGGGCGGCGGCGGUGGGAGUAGCUCGGGGAAAGGGGAAACUUUUACAGUGGAUACAUCAAACAUUCUGUUCAUCUUCACGGGCGCCUUUAUAGGGAUGGAUAAACUGAUUAUUGACCGUGUCUCAAAGGGUUCUAUUGGGUUCAAUGCCCCGGUAAGGGGAGCAUCGGCUGAUGAUCUUGUUGAAGAUAAAGAGUUGAUGCAAAAACUUACCCCGUUCUUUCCAACUCCAGAGGAGGAUGAUUGGCUGGAUUUGGGCGGCGAGGUCGUGAAAAAGAAAAAGAAGUUUAACCCGCUACAGAUGACAGAGCCGGGGGAUCUAAUUAGCUUUGGCCUUAUACCGGAAAUUGUCGGACGUAUUCCAGUCAUCGCCGCCGUAGAAUCUCUAGAUGAGGAGAUGCUUGUGAGAGUUCUGACAGAGCCACGAAACGCUCUUAUAAAACAAUACGAACAAUUAUUUCAACUCAGCGGUGUCGAGCUACGACUCACUUCGCCAGCACUACGGGAGGUAGCUAAAGCUGCGCUUGCUAUGGGGACUGGUGCCAGAGGUCUACGGACGGUAAUGGAGCGGUUACUAUCUGAUGCUAUGUUUGAAUCACCUGGCUCGAGUAUCAAGCACGUUCUUUUGACCGAAUCCGUAGCGCAGCGGAAGCAACCACCUCUAUACUUUGCCCGCGGUCAGCAGCAUAAAUUCCAUUCUAUGAUUGCAGCGGAGGAAGAAGAAUGGGCCGUUAAGCAGCAGCGUACCAGAAGACAAUCAAGAAUAACACCUUUUGAGGAUGCUGUUGUUGAGAAGAAGAGAGCUACUGGUGGCCUUUGA